GCUGCUUGGCCAGCAGGAGGGCGCACAGCAAAGUAGUGGCGAAAUUACACUCCACAGCUAACCCACUAGAAAUUUCCUCUCGGACUAUUAUUUUGAAAUCCCUUACCGGAAGUCAUCUAUGUCAUUUAAACGAGCUUCACGGCCAGACCAGCGUCAACUUUUUGCUGCUGUAUCGGUUCCACAUCUUGAACCACAUCACCGGCGGGCAGACGGGCUCUCACUCUACUGAGCAGCUUUUCAAAUGGAUUUAUUGGCAUGUUUUCAGCUUUUACUUCUGUCGCACUUAUUGACUGUGAACUGUAGCCCCGGUCCGUUACUCGACGUUGUCGUGGAUCGUUAUGACAUUCCGAAAGUUUGUCCUCGAGAAGUGGAAAUAGAAGAUUUUGUUCGUUAUCAUUUCAACGGUACCUUCUUUGAAGACGGGAAAAAGUUUGACUCCAGCUAUGAUCGAGGCAAAGCUUUCAUCAGCCAGGUCGGCCUGGGCAGACUCAUCGCAGGGAUGGACCGGGGUCUGCUGGGCAUGUGUGUCAACGAGCGCAGGAGGGUCACAGUCCCUCCACAUCUGGCCUAUGGAAGCAUAGGAACAGGUGGUAUAAUCCCUCCUGAUGCUGUGCUGGUUUACGAUGUCCUUCUGCUGGAUAUCUGGAACGAAAAGGACAAGGUUGAGAUCCGCACUCUCGACAAACCUGCGAGCUGCAGGCGAACAACUGCAGCAUCAGAUUUUGUCCGUUACCACUACAACGGCACUCUGCUCUCUGGUGAACUCUUUGACUCCAGUUACUCGAGGAAUGCCACCUAUGACACCUACCUGGGCCAGGGUGACCUCAUUAAAGGCAUGGACGAGGGUCUUCUGGGCAUGUGUAUUGGGGAAAGACGCCUCAUUAUCGUCCCACCCUUCCUGGCAUACGGAGAGAAUGGCUACGGAACCAUGAUCCCUCCUCAGGCCACGCUGGUAUUCGAGGUGCUGAUAGUUGAUGUCUUUAACCCCAAGGAUGAUGUAAUCGUGGAGGCAAAGGAAGUGCCUAAAGGCUGCACGCGCACAACAGUGACUGGAGAUUACAUCCGCUACCACUACAAUGGCACAUUUCAGGAUGGCACACUCUUUGACUCGAGCUAUCAGCGAAAUAGCACCUACAACACUUACAUCGGUAUGGGAUACGUGAUCCAAGGGAUGGACAAAGCCCUGCAGGGGCUGUGCAUAGGAGAGAAAAGGAGGGUCGUAAUUCCUCCUCACUUAGCGUAUGGUGAAAAAGGAGUCGGAGACUUCAUUCCUGGAUCUGCUGUGCUCGUCUUUGACAUUCACGUCAUUGAUUUCCACAACCCAAAAGAUCCAGUCAAUAUCAAAGUUACCCAUAAGCCUCAGGAGUGUAACAUGAGAAGUGAAGCUGACGAUUUGAUUCAGUACCGCUACAAUUGCUCCUUGAUGGACGGCACCCUGCUGUACACCUCAUUUCCGUGGGCCUCGAAUUCAUACCAUCUUUGUCUUUAUGACAAAAGCAUGGACCAGUAUGAUUCACUUUCUAUCACUACGCUGGGAGCAAAUAAUGUGAUCCUGGGUCUGGAGGAAGGUUUAAGAGGCAUGUGUGUAGGCGAGAGGAGAGAAGUGGUCAUCCCUCCCCACUUUGGCCAUGGUGAAAAUGAAGCCGGAGGAGUUCCAAGGAGUGCAGUGCUCUUCUUUGAGUUGGAGUUGGUGGAGCUUCAGAAGGGUGUACCUGAAGGCUACAUGUUUGUGUGGGUCGGGGAUGGCCCUGAUCCCCUCUUUCCUGCUAUGGACCUUGAUGGAGACAAACAGGUCCCCCUUGAGGAGUUUUCAGUCUUCAUCAGGCUCCAGGUUCAAGGAGGCAAAGGUCGUCUUCGGCCGGGGAUUGAUGCCGACAGCAUUAUUAAGGACAUGUUUGAUAAUCAAGACCGUAAUAAAGAUGGCAAGAUCGUAGAAGAUGAACUGACGGUUACAGAGGAUGACGUGUCCAAACAAGCAAGAGAUGAGCUAUAAAGAGGACAUCUACGUGUUUCACUGGUGAUUAAGUACAGGCGUGCAAUGGCUGAGGUAACGCUGUUGUUUUAGUGUGUUGUGGAACAGCUCUGAAUUUUUCAGGACUCAUUUCUCAUCUACUGGGCCUUUUCACUUCAGACAACUCGCCCUGUAGUUGGAAAAAUUGUAUUUUCCAUACAAAACUCUGAACCCAAAGCAGCUAUAUGAGAUUCAGCCAUCAUUAAUAACUUUUACACCAGUGUUUUUAUAACUGUGAUGUGUCAAAAACAUGGUCAGUAUGUUGUGGCCAGAAGCGCUUUUAAAAUGCUGAUGGAAGAAAAAAGAUCUGUAAGGAAGGCACAUGUCAUUUACCAAGAAUCUGGGCAGGGCCCAACUUCCACAAUAGUCCAGCUGUUACAAAAGUCAUGUGAUUUGCUGUUGAUUUAGCAAUUUAGAUUUACCUUUGGUCCUUCAUCUUAAUAUAAAAAUGAUUACAAAAAACACUAGUUGUACAGUAUUGUUUGUGGCUGUGUACCAAUGUACAAUAAA